ACCACGAAAACUGAAGUCAUGCAAAUUUGAAUUUACUUGAUUUAUUAAAAAGAGUGAGAGACCAUUCUAUGGCCUGUAUAGACUCAAUAAAUGGUGAUAAUUGUCACCACAUUUCUUUUCACCUAUUCAAAAUCAGUUCUUUAAACCUGUGUUGAGAGCUUAUUCGAUUCAUAAGCUUUUCAUUUUCUGCUUUACUAUACUAAGGCAUAUUCAUAAGCUUCUCAUAAACUAAUUUUCAGUAUCUCAUCGCCACAACCUGUGAUCAUAUAUGGCCUCACUACUGCUUGCUUUUCUAAUUCUCCAAUUCGUCCAGACCAAUUGCAAUGUCGAUGGAGGAUCCAUUGAAUUGGGAACUUCACUUGUCGCUGAUGCGCAAUCUACCACCAAUCCAUGGUACUCCCAGUCUAAAAUGUUUGCAUUUGGAUUUCACCCACAAGGUAGCAGCUAUGUGGUUGCAAUCUGGUUAGUGAACUCCGGAGAAACCACCGUUGUGUGGACUGCUUAUCCAGAUGAUCCACCUGUAUCACCAAAUACCACACUCAAACUUACCCAUCAAGGGGAAUUGGUUGUAAGCUCCAAACAGGGUCUCGAUAAUAAGAUCAUUGCAUCCAACGUUUCAUCUGCUGUGAUGAAAGACAACGGAAAUUUUGUCAUGUACAAUGAUCAAAUGGGUGUAGUAUGGCAGAGCUUCGACUAUCCGACUGAUUCCAUGUUACUAGGCCAGAGUCUCUUUGGUGGGCAACAAUUGGUUUCAAGUGUCUCGAAAACCAAUUACUCUAGUGGACGUUUCCGUAUCAAGAUGCAGAUCGAUGGUAAUCUUGUUAUGUAUCCGAAAAAUACAGAGGAUGAUUACGCAAGUGCUUACUGGUCUUCGGGUACCUUUGAGCACAAGACUUCAAGGAACUACCUGUACUUAAAUGACACCGGAUUAAUGCUUAUCAAUGGCAGUAAUUCAGACACCAUCAAGUAUUUCUAUACUACACUAAAUUAUCCUGUUAUAUAUCGUGCAACACUUGGUGAUGACGGAAUCUUUCGGCUAUAUUUUUACAAUGAUAGUAACUCCUCCCCCAUCAUAGUAUGGAAAAAGACAGAUUGUCCUUGUACUGUGAAGAACAUCUGCGGAUUGAACAGCUACUGUACUUUGAAUCAUGAUCAGCCCGAUUGUGUUUGCUUGCCGGGUUCUGAUUUUGUGGAUCUCGAUUUCAAGCAUUGGGGCUGCGAAAGGAAUUUUACAAAAGCAAUGUGCAAAAGCGGGAAAGAAAACGAUACAUAUUAUCAUAUGGUUUCCGAAGAGGGAUUACUGUGUGAAGAUUAUCCUUACUAUCGGGCUAUUACUCAUUUCAAAGAGGAAUGCAGGGAUUCAUGUUUGAAGGAUUGCGAUUGUGAUGCAGCUUUUUUCAAAAACUCUUUCUGCGAAAGAUACAAGUUCCCACUGAGGUACGUUAAAAGAGUUUACGAUGAGCCUACUACGUAUUUGAGUUUCUUCAAGACAAUCAGAGUAAACCUAAAAGCUACUUCAGUGGAUAAGGAGAUGAUGACUUCAAGCAGCAAGAAGACAUGGCUUCUAGUUCUUGUUAUAAGCCUUGUUUUUUCCAUGUAUUCAUGCAUUUCGCUAAGUUUUACAGGAUAUUUCGUAUUCAAAUUCCGUCUUUUUAAGUACGGAAGAUUAUUGGAACGUAGAAGUUUGGGGUUAGCUGAGGACCUCAUCCUGCAAUCAUAUAGUUACAAGGAGCUUAAAAAGGCUACUCAUGGGUUCAAACAAGAGUUGGGAAGAGGGUCGUUUGGAAGAGUCUAUAAAGGGAGUUUCGACAAGGCUAGUAGAGUGAUAGCAGUGAAAAGACUUGAGAAGAUGGUGGAAGAAGGGGAAAAAGAAUUCCGAGCUGAAAUGCAAGUGAUCGGAAAAACCCAUCACAGGAAUCUAGUCCGACUGCUCGGUUAUUGUGCAGAAGGUAAAGAGAGGCUUCUUGUUUAUGAAUACAUGAGCAAUGGAACCCUUGCAGAUCGGUUAUUUAGGUCAGAAACGCUUCCAAACUGGUCUGAAAGGGUGCAAAUCGCGUUAGAUGUGGCAAGAGGAAUCCUCUACCUUCAUGAAGAAUGCAAAACACCCAUCAUUCAUUGCGACAUAAAGCCCCAAAACAUCCUCAUGGAUGAUUUCUGGACUGCUAAAAUCUCCGACUUUGGAUUGGCCAAACUUCUGAUGCCAGAUCAAACCAAGACUUUCACCAUGGUUCGAGGGACUAGAGGGUAUUUGGCACCAGAGUGGCAGAAAAACACUCCGAUAUCAGUGAAGGUGGAUAUCUUCAGCUAUGGGAUCGUGUUGCUGGAAACCAUUUGUUGCAGAAAGAACCUGGAAGUACAAGUAUCCAAUAUGGAAGAGAUAGUUCUUUCUACUUGGGCUUACAAGUGCUUUGAAAGAGGGCAAUUGGAUCUGCUUGUCGGUGAUGAACAAGUGGAUAUGGCGACACUGGAAAGGUUGGUUAAAGUCGGACUUUGGUGUAUCCACGAUGAGCCUGCUUUUCGUCCUUCUAUGAAGUCUGUGGUGCUGAUGUUAGAAGGGAUCACAGAAAUUGCUACUCCUCCUUGUCCAAUUUCCGUUUGAUCGGUUAAACUAAGGCUGAUGUGUUCAAGUUGCCUGUAUAUAUUUGAGACAUCGGAAGAAUGCAUGAAGAGUGAUGAAGACUAAACCAUUAAGGUUAAUUUGAAGUUCUUGAUCAAUUAGUAUGCUGGUCAAAACCCAUUUUCUGCUUGAUAGAAGGUAAAUAAAGUGAACAUUUUAAACUACUAGUAAAUACGUAUGUAAAUUUGAGUGUAUAAAUUCUACUUAAUUAUAACAGUUGGCUCUGUAAUAAUUCAUAACGUGUAUUUAAAGCGUACAAAUAUUUUUGGCUCA